CGGGAAAAUAAAAUUAAAAAAAGAAAAAAAUUUAAGAAAAAAAAGGAAUCUCGAGAGAAAAAGAGAACAAAAGCCUUCUCGCUUUCCCUCGACGAGCUUGUCAUCGCCUCCGAUCGCUGAAUCCUUUGCAGCUCUUCAAUCAAUUCAACCUCUAUAUGAGAUCGGGAGUGGAGGAUUAGGGAUUUGGUCUGGAAAUUGUGGAAUUUGGUGUCGAUCAUGGCGUGCGGAGGAUGUUUAGAGUGCCUACUGAAGUUGUUGAAUUUCUUGUUGACCAUCACGGGGUUGGCGAUGGUGGGGUAUGGGAUCUAUCUUCUGGUGGAAUGGAAUAGGAUUUCUGGUGGUGGUGAUGAUGGAGGAGCGCCGUCUCCGGUCGCUUAUCAUCCCGAGAUUUUGAAGCUCGGUCGGCCGAUGUUCCUCCUUGUUUCUCUGUCCGAGAGUUUUCUUGAUAAGCUCCCCAAAGCUUGGUUUAUCUACUUGUUUAUCGGUGUUGGAGCUAUUCUAUUCAUCAUAUCUUGCUUUGGUUGUAUAGGAGCUGUGACAAGGAAUUCUUGCUGCCUUUCAUGCUAUUCCUUCCUGGUUAUCUUGUUGAUCCUAAUUGAGCUGGGGGCUGCAGCUUUCAUUUUCUUUGACCAUAGCUGGAAAGAUGCUAUUCCAGAUGAUAAAACCGGAAACUUUGCCAUGAUAUAUGACUUCUUGGAGAAGAACUGGAAAAUUGCUAAAUGGGUUGCUUUAGGAGCUGUCAUUUUGGAGGGCCUAAUAUUCUUGCUAGCUCUUAUCGUUAGAGCAGCAAACAGACCGGUGGAGUAUGACAGUGAUGAUGAAUACAUCGCCUCCAGACCUAGCAUUCGUGAACCCUUAAUCAACCGACCUGUAGUCCCAGCAACUGGUGUUCCUGUAGUCCCCACUCUUGAUCAACGUCCCAGCCGGAAUGAUGCCUGGAGCCAACGGAUGAGAGAAAAGUAUGGUCUGGAUACAUCAGAAUUCACCUACAAUCCUUCAGACCCAAACAGGCUUCGGCAAACAACAGCACCUCAAGCUGAAGAAAGGGGCCGCUGCACCAUACUCUGAACUUUACCGAACUUUCCGUCUCUUUUCCACCUGGGAAAAUUUGCUAGUCUUUAUGAGUCUACUUUAGUUAUCUGGGAAUGAUCUUUUUAUGUUGUUUCUGUAAAGUAAAUUUGAGUCAAACCUAACAUUGCACCAGAAACAGUUGAUCUCUUCUGCCUUGCGUUUUCAUGUUGGGAGUUUAUUUAGGUUUUGUUGUUGGUCUUGCAAAUACAGCAGUGUGGCAACCCUACCACAAACACUGCUCCUUUUCAGUGACUCAUGAACUUGCAACUGAUCCUUUGAGAAAUCAAGCCCUUUUCAUUUACCUCUGAGCUGUAUCAUGUACAUUACAUUAUAACUAAUCUAAAAUUUUUGCUUUU